CUAGACUAGAACUAGAUUACUAGAUUACUAGAUAGAGAUCUAGAAUAGAUAAUUUAGACUAGAUCUUCUAGACCGUGAUAGCCCACAAUUAGUCAAUUAAGAUCUAUAACCUUAGUAUAGAUCUAGACAUAGAUGACUAAGAUAAAACAGAUCCACUCUCUAGAAAAUGCAAGAUAAAGUGAUGCAUAUUUUUGCAUUAAGUUCCUUGAUGCUUUUUACUGGAGUCAUUUUUCAAUUAGUCCAAAAAGCUCAAAAUAAUCCUUAUAUGGACGAAAUUUUUCAUAUACCUCAGGCCCAGCAGUAUUGCAGGUCAAACUUUUCCCAUUGGGACCCAAUGAUAACAACCUUGCCAGGGCUAUAUAUCACAUCAUUUCUUUCACUUAACAUAAUAAGAUCUUUCAGUGGUGUCAGCUUGGUAGAUCUUUGUACUACACAGAAUUUGAGAGCUAUGAAUCUUCUUUUUUGUAUUGGAAACUUUGCAAUACUUUUUAUCUUAGGGAAAAAGCUCAAUGAAAAAAGCAAGGGAAAAGAUGUGAACAAAACAACAAAACAACUUUUAAUGAACACAAUUGUACUUUUUCUAUUUCCAGUCUUGUAUUUCUUUUCUUGGUUAUAUUACACUGAUCCUGGGUCUACAUUCUUCACAUUGUUAAUGUAUACUUUAUGUAUACAUAAUUUCCAUAAGUGCUCUUCACUAUUUGGAAUCAUUGCCAUACUUUUCAGGCAGACUAAUGUUGUGUGGGUUUUAUUUUGCUUUGUAUUAGUAGCAAUUGAAAUUUUAGAGAAAGAACUCCAGCAUCAUACUAAAGAGAAGAUUCAUAAUUUUAGAAAUACUGACCUUUUAAAGCUUUUGCUGAAGAUUCUUCUGAAACCUGCGAUUGUUUUUAAACUUUCUAAAAAAAUAAUUUUUCACACAUAUUCAUAUGUGUGCGUAAUAGCUGGAUUUAUUGCCUUUGUCAAAAUCAAUAAUGGUAUAGUUGUUGGAGACAGAUCUAACCAUGUCGCAAGUUGCAAUAUUCCUCAAGUUUUUUAUUUCCUUUUGGUUUCAUUAUUAUUUUCUUUCUUCAAUUUCUUUCAUACAAAAAAUAUUUUUGCUUUCUUUCGUGCUAUAUUAAAAAAUCCCUUUAAUGUUCUUCUAAUGGUAGCACUCUCUGCCAUAGCUGUAAAAUAUUUAACAUAUGAACACAAGUAUACUUUAAGUGAUAAUAGGCACUAUACCUUUUAUGUUUGGUCCAGGUUGUUCAAGAAAUUUCACUGGGCAAGGUAUACUUUCAUACCAUCAUAUCUCUUCAGUCUUUACCAGUUUUUUAGUGUUACUAGCCACAGGGGUAUUCUAUGGCAGUUGUUAUUUUUUACAUGUGCUGCUGCUUGUUUGGUGCCACAGUCAUUAUUUGAGUUUCGUUAUUACAUUGUUCCAUUUCUCAUACUUCGAUUAAAUAUGACACUGCCUUGUUCAAGGAUAUUAUUGGCUGAAUUAUUUUGUUACAUCCUUUUGAAUGUUUUUACAGUGUACAUGUUUAUUUCAAGACCUUUUUACUGGCCUAAUGACCCACUCCCCCAGAGAUUUAUGUGGUAAUUAAUAAAAGAUUUUCAUAUCCAA